ACAGUUCUCUAAAUGACAGACGUGAUUUCGUUUAGAAACACAAAAACGCCUUAAUGAACGAGCAAUUUCGUUUCGACGUUUGUUCGGAGAUUUGUGUGAUGUGAUCGAAAAUAAAUAAAUAAAAAGAAUAUCCCGGGACAUUCGUACUUUCUGACUCAGUUUCAGUGUCCUGUAAUAUCUCCACCUUUCGUCUUUGAAGAGAUGUCUCCAGCCUGAGUUUCCAACUGAAUUCCCUUCAAAGGUGUAAAUCGGUCCCCGUACCGAUGUGUUAGUGCAACCGGAAAGUAACAAACGCCGCCAUGUCGUCGGUGAAGGUGGCGGUGCGCGUGCGCCCCUUCAACUCGCGCGAGAUCGCCAGGGACUCCAAAUGCAUCAUAGAGAUGUCGGGCAACACUACGGUAAUAGUGAAUCCGAAAGCACCCCCUGGGAACAAAGAUGCUGCCAAAAGCUUCAACUUCGAUUUCUCAUACUGGUCUCACAAUCCCAGCGAUCCGGAAUUUUCGUCUCAAGUCAUGGUGUAUAAAGACAUCGGGGAAGAGAUGCUUCAACAUGCUUUUGACGGCUACAACAUAUGCAUAUUCGCCUACGGUCAGACGGGAGCGGGCAAAUCAUAUACGAUGAUGGGCCGUGACGAAGAUCAGGGCAUCAUCCCGAACAUCUGCAAGGACCUGUUCCGUCGCAUCAGGCAGACCACUUCUGAUGACCUCAAGUACUCGGUGGAAGUCUCCUACAUGGAGAUAUACUGUGAGCGCGUCCGAGACCUGCUGAACCCUAAGAACAAGGGCAACCUUCGCGUCCGCGAGCACCCAGCUCUUGGACCCUAUGUCGAGGACCUUAGCAAACUGGCCGUUACAUCUUACCAGGACAUUUAUGACCUUAUCGACGAGGGCAAUAAGGCCAGGACGGUGGCUGCAACGAACAUGAACGAGACGUCAUCUCGCUCGCAUGCCGUAUUCACUAUCUUUUUCACGCAACAGAGGCACGACCAGACCACGGAUCUUAUGUCUGAGAAGGUGUCGAAAAUAUCUCUAGUGGACUUGGCGGGCUCCGAGCGAGCCGACUCGACAGGCGCCAAGGGCACCAGGCUCAAGGAAGGCGCGAACAUCAACAAAUCACUCACCACUUUAGGGAAAGUCAUCUCUGCACUCGCUGAAAUCGCAUCAAAAAGCAAGAAAUCAAAGAAGGCAGACUUCAUACCAUACCGUGACUCUGUGCUCACCUGGCUUCUCCGAGAGAACCUGGGAGGGAACUCCAAGACCGCCAUGAUAGCUGCUAUAUCGCCGGCCGAUAUUAAUUACGACGAGACACUUAGCACACUGAGAUACGCCGACCGCGCCAAGCAGAUCGUUUGCAAGGCGGUCGUCAACGAGGACGCCAACGCCAAGCUCAUCCGCGAGCUCAAAGAGGAGAUCCUCAAACUGCGCGAACUCCUCAAGGCGGAGGGCAUCGAGGUCGAGGAAGGACCAGAUGGUAGAGUCGUUUAUGAAAAGAAAGAUCCGCCUGCCACCGAAGAGAACGCGUCUCCGCAACGCAAGAAGAGCGAGGCCGAAGUGCUGUCUCCGAAGCUUUCCCGAGCGGCUACGACCAUUGCCGAGGAAGCUGUGGACCAGUUGCAGGCCUCCGAGAAACUUAUUGCCGAACUGAACGAAACUUGGGAAGAGAAACUCAAGCGCACCGAGCAGAUCCGCGUACAACGCGAAGCCGUAUUCGCCGAGAUGGGCGUCGCGGUGAAGGAGGGCAUCACUGUCGGAGUUUAUUCGCCCAAGAAGACCCCUCAUCUGGUGAACCUGAAUGAGGAUCCGAAUCUGUCGGAGUGCCUCAUCUAUUACAUCAAGGAUGGUGUGACCAGGCUCGGAACUGCAGAGGCCAACGUUCCUCAAGACAUCCAAUUGUGCGGCUCUCAUAUCCUCAGUGAGCACUGCAUCUUCGAGAACACUGACGGCGUCAUCUGCCUCAUACCUCAUCGAGAGGCCCUCAUCUACGUCAACGGGCGUGAGGUCACAGAACCGAUAAUCCUGAAGACCGGCUCCCGCGUAAUCCUGGGCAAGAACCACGUUUUCCGCUUCAGCGCUCCAUCACACCCAGGUCAGCCGCUCGAAGACAAGGAGGCCGUCAUCAACAAGGAGAUGACCACCUCCGACCCUGCUGGCAAUGACGCCGAAAACGUAGACUGGGACUUCGCGCAAUGCGAGCUGCUUGAGAAACAAGGCAUUGACCUGAAGGCCGAGAUGCAGAAGCGGCUCGUGGCCUUGGAGGAGCAGUUCCGGAGGGAGAAAGAGCAUGCUGACCAGCAGUUUGAGGAACAGAGAAAGAACUACGAAGCCCGCAUAGACGCGUUGCAACGCCAAGUGGAGGAGCAGAGCGUGACCAUGUCCAUGUACAGCUCGUACACCCCCGAGGACUUCCACAACGACGAGGAUAUCUUUGUGAAUCCCCUGUUUGAGACAGAGUGUUGGUCGGCGCGCGAGGUGGGGCUGGCCGCGUGGGCGUUCCGCAAGUGGAAGUACCACCAGUUCACCUCGCUCCGGGACGACCUCUGGGGAAACGCUAUAUUCCUGAAGGAAGCCAACGCGAUCUCCGUCGAGCUCCGCAAGAAGGUCCAGUUCCAGUUCACUCUGCUCACCGACACGCCCUACUCCCCGCUGCCCGCGGAGCUGGCGCCGCGCGACGACGCGGACGACGAGUACCGCCCCAGCGCGCCCACCGUCGUCGCCGUCGAGGUCACUGACACCAAGAACGGCGCCACGCAUUAUUGGACGCUCGAGAAACUGCGACAAAGGCUGGAGCUGAUGCGCGAGAUGUACCACAACGAGGCGGAGUUGUCGCCGACCUCCCCUGACCACAACGUGGAGUCCGUCACCGGCGGGGAUCCGUUUUACGACCGCUUCCCCUGGUUCCGCAUGGUUGGACGGAGCUUCGUGUACCUGUCAAACCUCCUGUACCCGGUUCCGCUCAUUCACAAGGUCGCCAUCGUGAACGAGAAAGGAGACGUGAAAGGCUACCUGCGGGUCGCCGUGCAGGCGGUCAUUGACGCCGAGAAAAACAAUGCAGAGUUCGCGGCGGGCGUGAAGCAAUCAGCCAAGAUCUCAUUCGACGACGAUGUUGCGCCCGCGCGCCGUAAGACGCUAGCCAGCGUCGUCGACAAGAACAACGCGCUCAACCUCGAGGAGCGCAUCGAUCUCGCCGACUCCAAUAUUAAAAUAGAAGAGUUGGCCGGCGGCGAAUGCGACGCCGACAGCGGUCGCGGCGACAGCUCUCUCGCCUCAGAGCUGAAAGAGGAAGACCUUCCCGAGCACUUGACCCUUGGCAAGGAGUUUACCUUCCGCGUGACCGUGCUGCAAGCUCACAGCGUCUCAACAGACUACGCCGACGUGUUCUGCCAGUUCAACUUCCUGCAUCGUAACGAAGACGCAUUCUCGACAGAACCCGUUAAGAACACUAUUAAGAACACACCGCUCGGAUUCUACCACGUACAAAAUAUCACUGUCCCAGUAACCAAGUCGUUUGUGGAAUAUAUUAAAACACAGCCAAUUGUUUUUGAAGUAUUCGGACAUUACCAGCAACAUCCAUUACACAAGGACGCCAAACAAGACGGCCCAGUAGCCGGGCGCACGCCCCCGCGCCGCAUGCUGCCGCCCUCCAUCCCGAUCUCGGCGCCCGUGCGGAGCCCCAAGUGGGGCGCGGCCAGUGUAGCCCCGCCCUGCUGCUCUUCUCACCUCCACUCUAAACACGACCUGCUCGUGUGGUUCGAGAUCUGCGAGCUGGCGCCCAACGGUGAAUACGUGCCAGCUGUGGUGGAACACAGCGACGAACUCCCGUGCCGAGGGCUGUUUUUGCUGCACCAGGGCAUCCAGCGCCGCAUCCGCAUCACCAUCCUACAUGAACCUUCUGGAGAUUUGCAGUGGAGCGACGUUCGUGAGCUCGUCGUCGGCCGCAUUCGCAAUUCGCCAGAGGCUAAUGAAGAUACAGCGGACGGCGAAGAAGAUGGCGCGCUGUCGCUAGGACUCUUCCCCGGAGAGAGGCCCACGCUCGACGAUCGGGCUGUAUUUAGGUUUGAAGCGGCGUGGGACAGCAGUCUGCACGGCUCGCCGCUACUGAACAGGGUGAGCGCCAACGGAGAAGUCGUCUACAUCACGCUCAGCGCAUACCUCGAGGUUGAGAAUUGCGCCCGGCCAGCCAUCGUCACCAAGGACCUGUCCCUCGUGGUAGUGGGCCGCGAGGCGCGCACGGGCCGCUCGCUGCGCCGCGCGCUGUUCGGCUCCAAGUGCGCGCGCGCCGACCGCCUCACCGGCGUCUACGAGCUCAGCCUGCACCGCGCACUAGAGCCAGGAGUCCAGCGACGACAAAGGCGCGUGCUAGACACGAGCGGCACAUACGUGCGAGGAGAGGAGAAUCUACACGGCUGGCGUCCGCGCGGAGACUCGCUUAUAUUCGACCAUCAGUGGGAGCUCGAGAAAAUGACCCGGCUGGAACAAGUAGGGCGCACGCGGCACUUCCUGGCCCUGCGCGAGCGCCUGCGGCACGGACACGAGAACACGGUCGCGCCCAACGACUUCACCAAAACCGAGAAGGAGGUGUGCAACAUGGCGGCGAAGGCAGCGGCCGAGCAGCACGCGCGAGACGAGUCCCUGUACGAGCCGUGGGACAUGACGCCGCCCGAGCGAGACCUCGCCACCAAGUUCCUCAAACUUAUACAAGGACGAAUAGGAAUGAACAACAACACCGAGGGCGCUCAGUCGCCCGCUUCUCCCGUGGACGAGGGCCUCGCGCCCGACAUGUCAACGCCAUCCCUGCUUUCCUCUGUACACAGUGCCAGCAGCUUCGACUUCUUAUCGUAUCCCGCUCGGCUCCCACUUCCAUGCACGCCAUACCCUUGGACUAUUGCGUCGGUCAUUCUGAGACUAUGCUCACCGGAGCGCGCGCUCCUAGAGAAAUCAAUGGCGGCAUGGGGCGGCGUGGCGCUGAGCGCGGGCGGCGCGCUGUACGUGCCCGACUGCGAGGAGGUGCGCGUGUCCGCCGCCGUGGCGCGUCGCGGGCACCUCAACGUGCUGCAGCACGGCACGCACGGCUGGAAGAAGCGGUGGCUGGUGGUCCGCCGGCCUUACGUGUUCAUCUACCGCGACGAGCGCGACCCCAUCGAGCGCGCCGUCAUCAACCUCGCCAACGCCCACGUAGAAUACUCCGAAGAUCAGGAGCAGAUGGUGCGGAUGCCCAACACUUUCAGCGUUGUGAGCAAGGAGCGCGGCUACCUGCUGCAGACGCUGGGCGACAAGGAAGUUCACGACUGGCUGUACGCCAUCAACCCGCUACUCGCCGGACAGAUCAGUUGUCGCGCCGCAGGUCCCGCUCGGCGCGGCGCGGAGACAAGGCCGCGCCCGCGCCUGCGCCCGCAUGAGUCCUCACCAUGGAGUCUAUCCUCGUUUAUUAAGCGCAUCGCCUCCAGCCAGCGUACUGACGUGCAUCCUUGCCAUUGAAACUGCUAGGGCUUGUUCAUUCUGUUUCUGAGUCGGUUCGCGCGAAAGAAAGCUAGAUAAUAAUUGUGAGUUGUAUUUGACGGUUCGCACGUUUCGAGUGCCUGGGAGAGUGAAAAGUAUCAUUGAGCGAUUUCUGUGGGUACCUUCCUGUUAAAGGUUUACCGAUCUCUUCAAAGUUUCAGCUAUCUUUAUCGAAACUCGCGAUUCGCGACAAUGUAACUAAUUGGUCUUUGGGUGUAUAACGAUUGAAACCUGUCUCCCCUAACGAUUUUAGACUUAUUAAUUGCUUACAUAAACAAUUUUAUCGAAAUCAUGAAAUUAAAACCAUCAAGGUUAUACAAUCGUCUUUAGCUACUAUUAGCGGUUGCUGUAGAAAAAAAUAUUUUUCUCUUCAAUAAACUUUUAAUAUCGUUCAAUUGAACUAUGAAAUGGUCCGAGAGUUGAUUCAAUAUAUCUUUAUCUACCUAUAAGGAUUUCAUGUUUGAAAAGGAACGUAAAGGUCGAUACUGUCUUGCUCAUAUGCUAAUACAUGAUAGAAACUGACUAUAACUAGUCAUAGGCAAACCAGAUUGACAUCCGAAAGAGGUGUUAGAUGAAAAUUUUGCUGGUUUGGUAGCUGGUCAUGGAUAUUACAUAUAUUUGACUUUCAAUCCAUAAGGCCUAAAUAUGAGGAAAUUUACAAAAAGCCAAGAAGAGUGGUCCACCGAUUCAUCUGAUUUGAGAUUUCAAUACAUUACUUUCAAUGAAUUUUGGGACCACAGAAAUGAAUUAUAAUUUUAAACUAUACUUAGUCCAGACGCGAUCAAUUAUUUUAGCAUAUCCCCAAUUUAUUAACAGUAUUAUAAAACAAAUGCAUUUAAUGCUAUAUACGAUUUAUACGUAAUAUUCAUAUACGUUUAUAUAUGUUGAUUAGUACGUUACAAGCAGAUUAUGAGUGUUGUCAGAGGCGGGACCAAGCCGGCACUAGGAGAAGGGUAACAUGAAAAUGACGAAUUUUAACAAGCAGGAACAAUUAUUGUACAAGACUCUUUUGAGCUGUUUCAAAUAUGCAAAAGGAUGCACGUUAUAUAUUAUAUUACGUUAUUUAUUAUACGUUAGUUAUCUGGUGUUUGUGAGUUCGGAGAACUGUGUAAUGCAAUAAUGUAUUCCAAGUAUUUCUAUCUCGGCCAUAGUGAAUGUUUACUAGAUAUUGUUAGUGAGAGUAUGAAUGUGGUCAGUAUAUACGGCAUCAAACGUAACUUAAGCAAUUAUAAGCCGUAAUGCAAUACAAAUAAGGUGUACUGGUUAGGUUAAGUGUGUUGCCGUAAUACUUAGUUUGGCGCUUACAUCUUUCUUAGCUCUAUCGCUAAGCUAUUUAUGGAUAUCAUAAGCUACAGAUCACUUCACGUUCGUGGUAAAUUAUAUACAAAUACCACCAGCAAUACUAGGUUUUGUACUGUUAUUACGUUAUUAAACUUUUGUUGUCUUUGUAGCCGGAAAACGCCGAUGCUGUGGUAAUAUGCAACCGUAGCAGAGUUUUCUACGUCGCAAGAUUUUUCUCUUAAUUGUUUACAUGGUUGGUAAUUUAAAGAGCAAAGUAAAAAAUAGCUGAACACGCGUAGGCGUGUUGUUAUUUUUAGACUUUUUAGAUUUCCUGCGACGUGCAAGCUGUGCCGCAUUUACUAUUAUACAGCGCCGACUCUGUGCCUUUUUUAACCAAAAGGGUACUUAUUGUCGCUUGUCAGUAAGGCGCUAUUUCCAUAUAGCUUCAAUUAGAAAUCAACCAUAUCGACAAGCGACAAUGUGGUACUUUUUGGUUGAAAACGUCACAUUUAUUUCUUCCGAGCAUAAGCUAAUUUAAUUGCGCACAAACGUACGCCGGCGAUGUCUGAUAGACUCCAUUUUAUAACAAAACUACGGCGAGAUAUAAGAAUUUAAAUGAAUGUAUUGUGAAAAGACAAAUUACUGAAAAUACCUAUAUAGAUUUUCUUCAAAUGUUGGAUACAUUAUUAAUGUAACUAACCUUGUAUAUACGUAUGACCCGAACGGUAGAGUGAAUAUAUUUUGAGGCUCAAAUAGCCAAUUCGAAGUGGCGGUGUCCGUAUGACGUCAUACGUAACGUUUCGUUUCACGUUUAGAAUUAAUUGUAAAUACAUAAUAAUAAUUAUAACAUUGUAGUUAAAUGUAGAAUACGCGUUCCAAGAAAUUAUACAUCAUUUAACACUACUUAUUUGGUAGAUUGUUUAUUUGUAUUUUCUGUUAUUUAUACCUUGAAUUUUGUUAGGUUCCUAUAGUGAUAUGUUCAAAUGGAUUGUAUAAAGUAGGCUAAUGUUUACGACGGAAGAUGUCGCCGCUCCGGCGCGUGUCACAACCAUUCCGACCGGUUCUAGUCAUCGUGCUCUCUGUGUAGUACAUUGUAUGUGAUAGAGUAGCUACAUAGCGACACCGUGCUACCCUCCACCCCUGUAAUCUGUCAAUUCUCGCUGCCGUGAUAGCCGAUUUUUAUGUCAGAUUGUCCAUACAAUCUAGAUUAUUCAGACUAAUCUUCACGGCCCCGAGAAUUGACUUGGAAGACCCAAUUAAAACAUUAUAUUUGUCAGUCACAAUGUUAGAUAGUAAGUAAAAGUUGUUCUGUUCCGUGAAUGUCGUACACUCAGCGUGAUACAUAUAUACACUUCACUCGACCGCUCCAUAAUUCACACUAAUAUUUAUACAGGAAACAUAGCGUAGUUAGUAUCGAUGUGACGGUAGUUUUAUAUGGAUGAUAUUUCUUUGAAUAACUUAUUUCGAUGUACCUAUCAGUCCGAGCAAUGCUUACUCUCGUUACUGCUUUGAUAAAUGUUGAUAUAUCUAAUAUUGUCACUAUACUAUCGCUUCUAGGUGACUGUUAUAUAUUUCCAUUAACUCCAUCUUGACAAAGUAAGCUUUUGUGACGUUUAGUCUUUGUAAAUAUUUCCUAGUUGAUUUGAUCUGCCUGAGUUACGUCGAGCCCCGCUUGUAGCGGCUCGGCUGACCCUAGAGAAUAUCCCGAUAAUAAUUUAGCAUAGGCUAUUAUAGGUUAAGAUCAAAAAAGUAUUAUCCAAGUCUAGACAUGCUGUGUGUUAUAUUUCUUAAAAUUAUUACCAUUAUUGUCGUCGAGAUUAUCUUACAUGAAUCUGGGAGUUUUGUUCGAAUGGCAUCAGGAUAUUGUUAUUUAAACUAUUUGACUAUGUGCUUACCACUGAUAAAGAUAUAUAAUAGGCAGCGAGUUUAAUUGGUAUGUAUGUUGUUUAUUUUCUCGACACCGCAACGAAGGGAGAUCUCGCGUCACGAGACGCUAUAUUAUUGUUUACAUACCUUUUCUUUCUAGUCAUUUUUGUAUAACAUUCCAAAGUUUGUAACUAUUGACUUUCUCAAAUAUCUAGUGAUGUAUUUUGCAUAGCAAACUGAUGUUAACGUAGAGACAUAGAGCGGGAUAAAUCACGGGUGUGUCGUGUUGUGGGUGCAACUGUUUAUGAAGUAUUUUUUUGGAAAUUUAUUUUGCGAAGCUUACGUUAUUUCGUUAUAUUUUUGUAAUUCGAAUAAAGGUCUUUUUAAAUUAGAGAUAACAGCAGACGCUGGAUUAUAUAUAUUUUUAUAGAGUAUACUCUUUAAGCUAUACUGCUAUUUUUAUAGGGUAGUGUUGUUCAGUUGGUUGCGUUCGUUCGGUUGGUCUGUUCGGUUGAGGCGCUGCUCGGUGACCAGAGCGCCUGAGUGAUUACGAUAGUGAUUGUUGAUUGUUGGCCGAGAAUGAUAUUGAAAAUUAUAUAUUACAUAUAAUUUAUGAAUUUCAUUCAAUAUAUGAAAAUAAGAACAAUGUAAUGAUUGGUAAUAUUACUCAUUGCUCUAAAUGUACUAUCAAAAUAUAUUAUACACAGUGUUAAAGGUCAUAAAUAAAAUGCUUUGAAAAUUUCCAAA